GUGCUACCCAUCCCGAUAUUUUGGUUUCCCCGCGUUUUUCGAGCCCUAACCCUAGUUUCUCAACCGGAAAGUUCAUCUGUCGCCGGAAAAUGUUGGAGCUAAGGCUGGUUCAGGGGAGUCUCCUGAAGAAGGUGAUGGAGUCGAUCAAGGACCUGGUCAACGAUGCCAACUUUGACUGCUCCGCCACCGGGUUUUCGCUUCAGGCGAUGGACUCGAGUCACGUAGCCCUGGUGUCGCUCCUUCUUAGAUCCGAAGGAUUUGAACACUAUCGAUGUGAUCGUAACCUAUCUAUGGGCAUGAACCUCAGCAACAUGUCCAAGAUGCUCAAGUGCGCCGGUAAUGAUGAUAUCAUCACCCUCAAGGCUGACGACGGUAGCGACACCGUUACUUUCAUGUUUGAAAGCCCUACUCAAGAUAAGAUCGCUGAUUUUGAGAUGAAACUGAUGGACAUUGAUAGUGAGCACCUUGGAAUUCCUGAAGCAGAGUACCAUGCCAUUGUUCGAAUGCUUUCAGCUGAGUUUGCAAGGAUCUGUAAAGAUCUCAGUAGUAUUGGUGAUACAGUUGUGAUUUCUGUGACGAAAGAAGGCGUGAAGUUUUCAACAAGAGGUGAUAUUGGAACUGCAAAUGUUGUUUGUAGGCAGAACACUACAGUAGAUAAGCCAGAAGAGGCGACAGUUAUUGAGAUGAAUGAGCCUGUGUCUUUGACAUUUGCAUUAAGAUACAUGAACUCGUUUACAAAGGCAACUCCAUUAUCGAGUACUGUGACAAUCAGUUUGUCUUCAGAGCUUCCUGUAGUGGUGGAGUACAAGAUUGCAGAGAUGGGGUACAUUAGGUUUUAUUUGGCUCCUAAGAUUGAAGAAGAUGAUGAAGAGAACAAAUCUUGAAUCAACAAGAAACAAGUGAGCUGUGAGAACUAAAAUACUAAAUGCUUUGUUAGUUGUUUGCUAGUUAAAAGUAUAUUGUGUACUAUGUACUCGCCAGAACUUAGCCAAGUUUUUUUUAUGCUAUUUUUUUUAAUCAUUUUGUUAGGAUUUUUCAGGCUUAUAUGAGGUGUAUGUUUUGUUUUCUAUAAAAUUGCUACUUGGUACUCUUAUUUCUAGCAAAUUUAAAUCUGUUUUUGUAA